CCUGAGGUGGAGGCGGAGACGUUAUAUGAAAGACUAAAAUGUACUCAAUGGAGGAGCUCGAGGAGGUGAUGCUAGCUGUUUGCGCUGCUGUUGGCCAGUCGGUUGCGCUUCUCGCUGAGGACGAUGAACCCCGACCUAUCGAUUCCAAAACCCCGAUUCUGACUGUAUCCGUUCUCGACUUCGAUCCCAUGCUGCUCUCAGCAGCCUAUUCGAGCUGGUUCGAUGACAAUCUACGCUGCACUAAAGAAACGUCGCUCAUCACAAGAUAAUCCCAAGCCGCACUGAGUUGCUUCGAAUUAUUGGAUCCAUCAAACAUGUCUUUCAGCGCGUCAUACUGUAGCCUUAUGUCCGUCUCUGAUGCCUUCGCUGUCCAAGAAAAUGGCAGACUUAAGGCCUCGACAGGUUUCUUGACACGUGUUUUUGCGACGUGACGAGUUGUGUACACUGGCCUUAGAACCUGAUCGGUUAGAAGGCCUUAGACCUGACGCUGAGGUUGGUUGGGUGUUUGUCAGGACGGCCGGUGGCGCGACGAUCGAUAGAGGAGUGACAUGUAGCGUGGUCGACAACUGAGUAAAGGACAUGAAUGGUAGUGCAUCGUCAAUGCUCUCUGCUGAGAGCUCCGACGGGAGGUU